AUGGACCUCAGUCAGCCAAACCAAAUAACUCUGCAGCCAGGGUCCUGGAUCCAAAGAAGCAAGCCCACAACGAUAAAGAAGACACAGAGCCAUGAUGGUAGUGGUCAACAACAACAAACGAGCAACUCCUAUGAUGCAUUUGGAAGUAUUGGCAAGAAGAAAGGGGAGCAAGAGAAGAAAGAGAUGGAGGUUGUGAUUGGAAAGCAGCAUCCAACCACAUUUCCCAAAAGCUCUCAACCAAAUCACUCCUCACCCGAGGCCCUUGAUGAUGUUAUCAGUAGCAUCCAGUCACUACCAACAUUAUCUCCGCCAGCCAUGUAUCGAGCAAUAAGGUUGCCUGUAGGGGUACCAGGUGCAUAUGCUGUGGAGGGGAUUGGGCCAACGCUUUGUCACCCAACAAGUAGGCCAGCUGACAUGGAAGAGCUGGGAUUGGAGUUGGUGCCUGCAUCCCAAGAUGACAGAGAUCAUGAUACUGGUCUUAUUCAUGCAGCUCCAAUUGAAGAGCCAGAAUAUGGGAUGAUUCCAACAGCAGAGCCAAUAACAAAAAGGGCCAAAAGAUUAUGGAAGAAGAAAUUAUGCUUAUUCCUCUCCCUGGAAACAAUGUUUGCCCAAGCACUUGUUGUAAUUAUUCUUGUGGCAUUUCUUCUUGCUCCAAAAUCAAGCAAUCAAACUCAACCCACAAAGCAGCAAAAUGGAGUGAUUCCAAUACAAGAAAAUCCAGGGACAAUAGCUUCAAUCACACAAGCACCAAUAUCGCUAUGGGAAAGACUAAAUCUCCCUGACUACACCCUCAGGGCAAUGGAGAAUCCUAGAUCGCCGCAGACCAAGGCAUAUCAAUGGCUAAGCAACAAUGUCAAGACCAACAAUACACAACAUCUCCCGGUAUGGAGACUAAAGCAAAGGUUUGCACUCGCAACAUUUUAUUAUUCAACACGGGGGGACUAUUGGGUGAAAAAUCAAGGCUGGUUGGAUUGGUACACCAAUGAGUGCAACUGGGAACAAAUUGAUGAGGAUUGGGCCCCAAACCCACCUGCUCGUUGUGCUAACAAUGGGCAACUCCUUUCAUUGCAAUUUAUGUAUGCCAACAACUUGGAUGGAACGAUGCCGCCAGAAAUAUCCCUGCUCCAUGAAAGCUUGGAAGCAAUUUUAUUAUCUUGGAACCUCCAGCUCAAAGGAAAUAUACCAACAGAGGUUGGGCUUAUGACAAGGCUGACGAGCUUUUUGUUAAGCACGACACUCUUGUCUGGCACACUCCCAGCAGAAAUAGGUCAGCUACGAAGCUUGAAGAAUUUAUCGAUCUCACACAGCAAGAUUGGCGGGACUUUACCUACUGAGUUGGGCAACCUAAGCAACCUAACAGCUCUGGGAACUGAAGGAGCAAACUUUUCUGGGUCAAUCCCCACUGAGAUUCUUCGAUUGUCAAACCUGAAGACCUUGAGUUUCUUAAAGUGCCCUCUAUUGGAUAUAACAUCUUUCCUCCCUGGAGUAGUUGGAAACCUGCACAAUUUGAAGAUACUAGGACUAGGCUCUGGGAAACCUGGGGGGUUCACAUCAAUCCCAUCUGAAAUUGGGAAGCUGACCAACAUGCGAGUCAUUGGAUUCACUGACUUCCAAGUCAAUGGCACGAUUCCAAGUGAGAUGGGAUUGUUGACAAAGCUAAACAACUUGAACUUGCAAAGUAACUCAAUCUCAGGCACUUUACCAGAAGAGUUAUCAAAGAUGUCGCAAUUAGAGGUCUUACGAAUCCAAUCCAACAAGUUGGAGGGAAAGAUCUUAGAACAAGGAGUCCUCCACCACCUCAACAAGUUGCGGCUUUUGCAAAUAAGUGACAACCUAUUCUCUGGCUCUAUUGCAACAGAAAUUGGCUUGUGGUCUAGCCUUAAGAAGCUUGAACUGCAAAACACGCAUAUAUCCGGCACUCUUCCCAGUGAAUUGCUUUUGUUGGACAACUUUACCAGCCUGGUAGUCAUGAACACAUCCUUGACAGGCAGUAUCCCUCAUGGACUGUGCAACAAGGUACUCCUUCCACAGGAAAACAAGUGUUUUGGGGGCAGAUGCUAUGGAGUUGCAACCUCUAACCUGUCAGCUUGCCACGGAGCUCAACUGUGUGGGUGUAGUUGUACUCCUUGCCCAAUAACCUAG